UGUGGGAUCGAAUAUCUGAUCGUAAACUCAGCGCAUCCGCCUGCUAUCUCUCUGCGAGGAGGCAUCGGGGAACUGGAGAGGGGGAGACAACGUGUUGUGAAUACAGAUGAGAGCAACUAUUGACACCUUCAGCCCACCAGUCUGCUGCGCGCCUGGACACAGCUAAAAGGACAUCGCUGCGAAGGAUCCCGCUCACUAUCGGUCUAUCAGUUCAAGCCCGUGAGUCAUCCACCAAACCGUAGAUGUUUAUUUACUAGCUCAGCACCUUAUCUUUUUUUUUUUUUUUUUUUUUUUUGGCUCCAUCCCGGAGGUGGAAAUCUGGCUGCCUGCCAUCGGUUCACCGCGAUGCGCGCAUAAAAACCAAUAGAUCUGCCCCGAAAACACACCCGUCUGUGGCUCGUGUGACAUGCUGUAAGUUGCUUUUUAGCUGAACUGGACCUAUAUUAUGGCUUCGCUGUAUCAGAGAUUCACCGGGAAGAUCAAUACGACCAAUUCCUUCCCGCACCCACCUGAGGCCAGCCACCUUCUCGGUGGACAGGUCGCAGACGAGGAAAACGCCACGAAGACCCCUCAGCAACUCGUCGACGGCAAACCGCACGUCCAGUACCGCAAGAAAUGCCUCCAGGAGGACGAGGACGACCUGGUGGGUAGCGCUCCACCACAGAGGAACUGGAAAGGAAUAGCCAUCGCCCUGCUGGUGAUCCUCAUCAUCUGUUCCCUGAUUGUCACCUCCGUCAUCCUGCUGACCCCUCGUGAAGAUGACAGCCUUGCCCUUAAGAAGAAAGUGACGAUAGACGAUGUUUUCGGACCGGACCUUCAGAUCCAUGACCCAGACGCCAAAUGGCUCAGCGACAAUGAGCUGCUGUACCGCACCAGGGAUGGAGAUGUUGUCAAGCUCAACGUUGACACGAAGGAGACGACUGUCAUUGUGCCGAGCCAGCUGUUUGACAGAUCCAGAGCUGCCAAGUACCAAGUGUCUCCGGAUCUGCAGCAUGUGCUGUUUGCCUUUGAAGUGAAACUGAUCUACCAACACUCCUAUGAGGCCAAGUACAUUAUUUACAGCCUUGUGACACAGGAAACUUGGCCUCUGAAUCCCCCUGAAGUGCAUGAAGCUGUCCUGAAAUUUGCCGGAUGGGGACCUCGAGGCCAGCAGCUGAUCUUCAUAUUUGAAAACAACAUCUACUACAGAGCAACAGUGGAGAGCCGAGCGAUCCGCCUGGUUUCCACCGGUAAAGAGAGAGUCGUCUUCAACGGCCUUGCUGACUGGUUGUAUGAAGAGGAGAUCCUGCAGACCCAGGUCGCCCACUGGUGGUCUCCAGACGGGCUGCGUCUCGCCUACAUGACCAUCAACGACACGCUGGUGCCGAAGAUGGAAGUUCCCUUUUUCACAGGAGCACCUUACCCCGCCAGCCAAGAGUACCACUACCCGAAGGCUGGGGAGGAAAACCCUGUAGUGCACCUGUCAGUGGUGAGCCUGAACGGUCCCCUGCACACAGUGGUGAUGAAGAAACCUGAUGACCCUCGAAUAGGGAGGGAAUAUUAUAUCACCAUGGUGAAAUGGGCCACCAGCACCAAACUGGCUGUCAACUGGCUGAACAGAGCUCAGAACAACUCCAUCCUGACACUGUGUGAGGCCACAACUGGAGUCUGUAUCAAGAAACAUGAAGAUGAGAGUGAGAGCUGGUUGCACAGACAGAACGAACCGCCGCUCUUCUCCCAGGACGGACACAAGUUCUUUUUCACCAGAGCGAUUCCUCAGGGUGGCAGAGGAAAGUUCUUCCACAUCUCCAUGUCCACCUCCAUGCCCAACACGAGCACAGACAUACUGCAGUCCCUGACGUCUGGGGACUGGGACGUCACCAGAAUCUUGGCCUACAAUCACGAAAGAAACCUCAUAUACUUCCUGAGCACGGAGGAUGACCCCAAACGACGGCACUUGUACAGCGCUGACACAAUCCCUCCAUUCAACCGCUGCUGCCUGUCUUGUGAGUUCAACUGCGGCUACGUGGACGUUUCGUUCAGCCACAACAUGCAUUACUUCGUACUCUACUGUAAAGGUCCACAAGUGCCCAGCGUGGCGAUCUACAGCACCAAGGACAAACAGAAGGUGUUCGACGUGGAGACGAACGAACGCGUGAACGACACGUACAACAACAUGCAGAUGCCCAAAGUGGAGAACAAGACCAUCAUCAUAGACGACUACACUCUGACGAUGCAGAUUCUGAAGCCAGCUGGAUUCAUAGAAACAGCUCAUUACCCUUUACUGCUGCUGGUGGACGGUACGCCCGGCGGGCAGAUGGUGUCGGAACAGUUCCGGGUGGACUGGGCCACGGUUCUGGUCAGCAGCUUCAGCACCAUCGUCAUCCGCUUCGACGGCCACGGCAGCGGCUUCCAAGGCACCAACUUCCUCCACAAAGUCAAGAGGAAACUGGGGAAACUGGAGGAGCGGGACCAGCUGGAGGCACUCAGGUUCAUAUCCAAAGAGCCCUACAUCGAUAAGACUCGGAUGGGAGUUUAUGGAAAGGCCUAUGGAGGAUAUUUAGCCACGAUGCUCCUGAGCUCGGAGGAGUUCAACCAGCUUAAAUGUGGAACAGCAGUCUCCCCCAUCACAGACUUUGAGCUCUAUGCGUCUGCGUUUUCAGAACGGUACCUCGGCUCAAAGACAGAUUCCCGAGUAUACACGAUGGCAAAUUUAGCACACAGAGCGGGUCAGCUCCUGCAGAAGCAGUACUUGAUAAUUCACCCGACUGCUGACGAAAAAGUUCACUUCCAGCACACGGCCAAAUUCAUCAAUCAUCUAAUCAGCGAGAAGGCCAAUUACACUCUACAGAUCUACCCAGACGAGGGCCACUUCCUGCACAGCGAAGGGACGCAGCAGCACCUCAGCCAAUCCCUCGUCAACUUCUUCGAGGAGUGUUUCCGGGUGCCGGAGGUGCUGACGGAAGACCAGCAGGACGAGGACGAGGACGACAGUUAAACCUUCCCCCCACUCAGCCCACCGCAGCCAGCUACUACAGCACAAUAUGCAACUGAUGUUUCUAACCCCAUCGACCCCACCCCACCUGCUGUCCAAUCAGGUUUUAGCUCCACUCUGACAUCGCAGCGCCUGCAUGUGCAAAAGGGGCCUCGGCCUUCAUCCCCCUCUCCUCCGCCUCCCAUCCUCUCCUCAAAAGGAAAAACCAGCCAGAAAGACUAAAACAAAUCUCAGAUGUGAACAGCCCAUAUCUUCUCUCUGCUGUUGGAUUAUCCGGACUAGCGCUCCCUCUGGUGGACAAAUAGAGGACCAACAUCACGUCCGCUGAGCAAUCCGUCUCCAUCUCAACCCCGGGCACUUUCAUCGAGCGCUUUCGCAGCACAAAAUAUCCCUCCGGUGAAGAUCAGUUUAUCGUAUCAAGAUUUAUCUUUUUGAGAGGUUUGCCCGUUUUUUCUGAUCGCCUUUUGCCGACCAACCUGCUGAUAAUUGUGUUCACGAGUAUGAUUACUGCUACUUGUUUCUCAGAAUUUCUCUGUUCAGUGUCGUGUCUAUGAGUGGAUGUCCGGCUGCAUCAGUCUUUAGUUGCUUGACAAAACGAGGGCACAAUGUGUGUUGUUACUUAAAAAAAAAAAAGAAAAGAAAACCACAAAAAAAACAGUGUCUAUACAAAAAUGGUAUGAAAUCAUACUUUCCCUCGUCAUGUUUUCUGAAUCGAACUCUUGUUCUUUUAGUCACUGUGCCUUACUGUGGGUGAAGUGUUCAUGUUAGGAAGCCCGCACAUGACACUGAAGGUGAGUGAAUGUGGAUAGGCCUCGUCUGAGCUGUGCAUUCUGUUGAGAACUCCACAAAACCAGAUCAUGAUUUUUAUUUCCCUCAAGUAUUAAGCUGCCUAUUAGCGAGGGGAGUUUAAAAAUCACAUCUCACCUGAAAAACAUUGGACAGAACUGAACACAAAAUAAUUGUACGUCUGCUUGAAAGAUGGUAUUACACUGACGAAUAAUGUAAAGUACUUAGUUUGCAAAUGCGGUUCUUGAUAUUUACCUUCCAAACUGACACGCUGGUGAGUUACUCUGCUGAACUUUCAUCACUUUGUGAAUUUCUUUGUGUGUUCAAUGGCUCGACUCUCUCCUCACGUCACUUCUGUUAGUAUUGUCAGUGGUUUCUAGUCAGCUGAUGUACAAAGUGUAUAAAUCUUAUAUUGUUUAAGUCUUUAUGUUGUAUGUGCAACUUGUAUAUAAAGCAUUUUGAAAUGUA